CGCAGCACAGAGGCAGUGUGGCUAUUCAACAUAAUCAAUUAACAGUUGGUUUCCAGUGUGUGUGAGGUUAGACAAUUUUUUGCGUCGGUUCAAGCACGUGUAAAUAUACUGGAGUGCUUGUGUAACGUCGGUCUCGUGAAAAAUGACACAAGUCGUGCACGAAGACAACGAAUUAAAAAGAUUGCUCAAUAAUCCAGCGAAAAAUGCGUGCGAAGAUGGAUCCAUGGCUCCGCCGUUAUCGACCAAUGUGCCAAGACCAAGCACAUCGCAAAAUAUUAAUCCACAAUCGACGAUGUGCCCAAUGACACCAGCUAACAGUGCAAAGGACGUUUGGGAGCCUUGCCUACAAAAUGUAGUCUCAACAGUUAACUUACAGACAGAAUUGAAACUCACUUAUAUUAACAUAAGAACGAGGAAUUCUGAAUAUAAUCCAGCAAGGUUUACCGGACUGAUAAUGAGAAUACGGAAUCCUAGAGCGACAGCAUUAAUCUUUAGCUCAGGAAAAUUGGUAUGCACUGGUGCAAGAAGUGAGGACGAUUCACUUUUGGCAGCAAGAAAGUUUGCCAGAAUUAUUCAAAAACUUGGGUUCCCUGUAAAGUUCUCCUCUUUCAAAGUACAAAAUAUUGUUGCAACAUGUGAUGUAAAAUUUCCAAUUAAACUGGAGGGUUUGUAUCGGGAGCACGCUCAGUUCUGCAGCUAUGAGCCAGAAUUAUAUCCAGGCCUGAUAUACAGAAUAUUAAAUCCUAGAGUAGUGUUACUGAUAUUUGUGAAUGGUAAAGUUGUAUUAACAGGAGCAAAAAAUAGAUCCGAACUAAAAAGUGCAUUGAAUUUUAUAUAUCCAGUAUUAAUGCAAUUCAGAAAGAUGUAAUCUGUUUAUAUAUAGAACAAAAAUGCUGUUAUAAACAAAUAUGAUAUAAAUAUAUAAAAGUUAAUUGUAUGACAUAUAUACUAGGUACCUAAUAUAUUUAAAAAUUUCUAUGAGAUGAAAAAAAGAAUUUAUAUUUUGUACGUUUGUACACUU